CUUCCUCCCUGCUCAGUUGGUGCUCCACCAAAAUUCCUAUCACUGGUGGUGCACUCAUCCCAUAGGUGCUCUAGGUGCUGCCUGGUAACUCUUAGCUGCCCCUGCCAUAACUAACAUGUAGAAGGAUACAAAAGACUGGCUCCCUUGCCUUAAGGAGGCCUAAGUGUGAUGCCAUUUGUGCUCACAGUUCUCCAUGACAGCAAGCGGAAGCUAGUCUCUAUGUGAGACCACACUCUGCCUCAGCCUUAGCCUUUUUCCCUGCCCUGUCUUGCUUCCCUCACCCUCUUCUCCUGAGAGCACUUCCCCAAUAAUUCACUCGAGCAAGAAUGAUCAUCUUAGGCUCUGCUUCUAGGGAACCUGACCCAUGACACCCUCUGUUAGCUUCCUCAGAAACUAUCUUAUUGGUUCCUCUAGAACAAAUUCCUGUCUUGGACUCUGCUUAUGACCACCCCCUUCAUUCCCCUGCCAAGGAUGACAGCUUAAUGAGGGCAAUAUCUUCUUCACUUCCCUAGAAUUGUUCCUAGAAAACAGUACGUGAUGAAUGAUGCACUGAAUGCAUGCAGCAGAGAGCCCUGGGUCUGUCUGACAGCUCAGCAUUCAGCAACCCUUCUGACCUGGGAUAGCCUGGCCUGGAGGCAUUGUGAGUCAUAGCAGGUAGACACUAGCUGAGUGGGUCAGAGACGGAGCCAGGCCUGGGACAGGAGCUCAGCAACUCCACCACAUCUUCCAGCAGCCCCUCUGGCUCGCCUUCAUCAUUCUGGACAUCCAGGUUCCCGAGGCAAGAGCGCAGCCAGUGCUGGGGAGUCGCCAGCACUCCCGAGGCUCCCCUCCUAGCACCUGCGUGCCCUACAAGGUCCACCCAGCACUCGCCAUGGCAACCUUCGAGUGCCUGACUACGAGCCAUGCCAGCCACGUGUGGGAGCAGCUGCGGCAGUUUUGGGCCGAUCACAUCUCGCGGCGCUUCUCGCCACGGCGGCCGCCAGCGCGCCGCAUCUCCUCCCUGUCCACCUCCUACCUGCUGGAUUACAGCAAGCGCCAGGCCGAGCUGGGCCUCUGCUACGGCGCGCCGCGCAUACGCCUCGAAAACCAGGCCUUCGAGUUCCGCGGCGGCCGGUGGACAACGGAGGGUCACUUGGCGCCGACCGUCUCGGGCUGGAAGGCGCAGGAGCAGUGGACCACGAUCCAGGUGUUGCUGAAGGAGAGCAACUACCUGAAGCUGCAGCAGGAAGUGCUCAUGAAUAUGCUGACUGAGACCACGGCGCGCAUGCACCUGCUGGAAAAGCAGCUCAACCUCGAGGUGACUCCGGCUGCUGCAGCGCACGCCCGACAGAGGAAGAUGCGCAAGCGCGCAGGCGCCAGCGGGGACGUGCUCAGGAUCCAGCCUUGAGUUCUGGACUCGCAGUGACGUAAUAAAGCCCGCGCUGCGCAUGCGCGCCUCGUUCCUUGUGACUAACCCUGACCCGCCAGGGACUGUGGCGGUUUCUGUUCCCUGGGCGAGGUUUUGCGUGCGGGCGGGGGCGGUCUGCGUGGCCUCGGGGACUGCCCCUCGGUGCUGGGUGUCGGCGGGGGACGCAACCCUAAGCAACGCAUCUCGGGAGGGUGCGAUGGGGCCGUGGAGGAGGGUCUGCGCGUGACUUCGGGAGCGCGGGCUGGAAGCCAGGCUUGCCUCGGGCAGGGCCCAGACAGGGUGGAGUGGCAGGUAAUGGCCUUGCAAGCCAUACAAGUAACCGAGGGCGAAGUCCCGCAGGCGGAGGAACCGUGGCGCUCAGGGAAUAGAGGGUGCGGUGCGGCAGGAGCUGAGAACAGUGUGGGGGGGCUUUGCACUUGGUCGGUCCUCUGGGCCUCUAGGAUCAGGAGGUUUAGAAACUAGGAGUCCUAGGGUAAGUGUAUUUUACAUUCCCAAGAGAAGCUUUCUCGAAACCUUGGGUUGUGCGGUCCCCACUUGCCGGUGUGGCAUUUUGGAGAGUUGCGUCUCUGUUACAGGCCUCCUUUUUUUUUUUUUUUUUUUUCCCUAAACACUGGGUCUGGCUCUGUCACCCAGGCUGGAGUGCAGUGGCGCGAUCAUGGCUCACUGCAACCUAGACCUUCCGGGCUCAAGCAGUCCUCCCACCUCAGCCUCCCAUACUGGUGGGAUUACAGGCGUAAACCACCGCGCCCAGCACAGGCCUCCUUUUAUGCUUCCAUCCAUACAAUGCGGUCUUCUCUACCCACAAUCUUAAAAAUUGCAUUUGUUGCCAAGGUUUCAGAAUUUGGAGAUAACACAUUAAAAAUCCAGAUUUAUUGGGGCCGGUCGUGGUGGCUCACGGCUGUAAUCCCAGCACUUUGGGAGGCCCAGGCAGGCUGAUCACUUGAGGUCAGGAGUUCAAGACCAGCCUGGCCAACAAGCUGAAACCUCCUCUUUACUAAAAAUACCAAAAGUUGGCUGAGAGCCGUGUCGGGUGCCAGUAAUACUAGCACUUUGGGAGACAGGCGGGUGGAUUACCAGAGCUCAGGAGUUCGAGACCAACCUGGACAACACGGUGAAACCCCAUCUCUACCAAAAUACAAAAAAACUAGCUGGGUGUGAUGGCAGGCACCUGUAAUCCCAGCUACUCGUGAGGCUGAGGCAGGAGAAUUGCUUGAACUCAGGAGGUGGAGGUUACAGUGAGCCGACAUCACGCCACUGCACCCCAACCUGGGUAACAAAAUGAGACCCUAUCUCAAAAAAAAAAAAAAUCCAGAAUUGCCAAGCAUGCUGGCACACACCUGAAGUCCCAGCUACUCAAGAAGCUGAGGUGAGAGGGUCCCUUUAAGCCCAGGAGCUUGAGGUCAGCCUAGGCAACCUAAUGAGAACCUCUUAAAAAAAAAAUUCCAGAAUAGGCAAGUUCAUAGAAACAGCUUAAGUUACCAAGGGGUGGGAGGAGGGAGUUUGUGUGUGUGUGUUGGGGGGAAACACAAUGGGGCUUCCUUUUGGUAUGAGGAGAAAUUAGAACUCUGGUGGUGAUAGUUGCACAACAUCAUAAUAAAGGUCACUGAAUGGUAUACUUCAAAACGAAUUUUAUGUGAAUUUUAUCACAAAUAAGUAAAAGGAGGAAGACACUUUACAUAAAAAAGUAAAGAAAAACUUAAAUGUAGAAUGCCAAAAUAGCAAAACUCAUAAAGGUGAUCCAGGAAUGCUUAAGUUUAGCGAAUAUUGCUUUGGCCAGACUACCUGAAAACAAAUACAGUCCUAGGGCAGAGAAAGGUACCUGUCCCACCAAACCUGCAGCAGGCAGGAAGCCCCACAGCCCAGUGCAGGUCCUGUUUAGAAAGAGGCAUCCAAGUGGAUCAAGGACCUGAACUAAAUGGAUCAGGAUGACAUUUUUUAAUAUCUGACUUUGUUCUUCCUGCUCUGGAAUUUCACACCCUGGUCCUGAGCCCUGCUUGGGAACAGCCAAAUUCAUUGGCCCAGGAGAUGAAAGUGACAGAGUAGAAAGCAGGAACAAAGGACCCUGGCUUUUACCUCCUACAGCUCAGAAUCCUCUGGGGAAUAGAGCUAUGUAGGUCAAAAAGGUUGUGUAGGUUUGUCAAGCAAGAGGCGAGAUGAGGGCUGGCUGUGGUGGCUCACACCUGUAAUCCCAGCACUUUGGGAAGCUGAGGCUGGCAGAUCACCUGAUGUCAGGAGUUUUAGACCAGCCUGGCCAACAUGGUGAAGCACUGCCUCUACUAAAAAUACAAAAAUAGCUGGGUGUGCUGGUACGAGACUUUAAUCCUAGCUAUGUGGGAGGCUGAGGUAGGAAGAUUUCUUUAACCUGGGAGACACAGGUUGCAGUGAUCUGAGAUCACGCCACUGCAUUGCAGCUUGGGUGACAGUGCAAGACUCAGUCUCAAAAAGAAAAAAAAAAGAUGAAGCAGGAGUAAGGAUCUCAUUGGGUCUUCUAUCUUGGAAAAAAAAUCUUGUCUUCCUCAUGCCUGUAAUCCCUGCACUUUCAGAGGCUAAGGUGGGAGGAUCUCUUGAGCCCAGGAGUGUGAGACCAGCCGGAGCAACAUGGUAAAACCCCAUUUUCAUGAAAAAUAAAAGAUAAGUCACCAUAAAUAAGCCAAAAUAAAAAUUUAGCCACCAUGACCAGCUAAUAUUAUAUGUGUGUGUAUAUUUUUUUAGUAGGGAUGAAGUCUCACUGUGUUGUCCAGGCCGGUCUCCAAUUCCUGGGCUCAAAUGAUCCUCCUGUCUUGGCCUCUCAAAGUGCUGGGAUUACAGGUGUGAGCCACCAUGCCUGGACAUUAACACAUAUGUGAAAAUAUGUACAGAAUAUAAACUACUAAAAUAAAAAUACUAUGUCUUACUAUAA